UGUAAAUGUGGCAGAGACUCUCUGAUGCCUCACACACACCACCCCACACACACACACACACUCCCUCACAAUCACAGCAGCAGCAGCAGCAGGCAGAGGCAUGGAUUUCCUCUCUAAAGGAGAAUAAGCUGGGUCUCAAUGAGUCUCCCUCAGGAGUUCAGGGAUGAGGUGGACCCUGUUGUGGAUUCUUCUGGCAGCCAGUGGCCUCCGUCAGGCCCUGUCCCAAAAUUCCACCGCCACUCCUCUUGUGACCACAGACUUGGACCCCUACAACAGAACACAGUACUGUAAAUGGCCCUGCAAAUGCCCCAAGAGCCCCCCGGCGUGUCUGCCCGGGGUCAGCCUGCUGACGGACGGCUGUGAAUGCUGUAAGACCUGCGCUAAGCAGUUUGCAGAAACGUGCAAUGAGAAAGACAUCUGUGAUUAUCAUAAGGGACUGUACUGUGACUACAGUGCUGACAAGCCUAGGUACGAAAAAGGAGUGUGUGCAUAUAUGAUGGGAUCGGGGUGUGAAUAUGAUGGUGUGAUCUACCGUAACGGGCAGAGUUUCCAGCCCAGCUGUAAGUACCGCUGCCUCUGUGUGAAUGGAGCGAUUGGCUGUGUGUCUCUGUGCACUGAGUCCCUUCCGCCCCGGGUGUGGUGCCAAUCGCCCAAGCGGGUGAAGAUUCCAGGCCGGUGUUGUGAGCACUGGAUCUGUGAUGAGCCUCGAAAACCACGCAAGACCAGUCCCAGACAUGCUCCAGAGGUGCCCAUAAGCAACAACGACAUCUGGCACAAAAAUUGCAUUACCCAGACCACCCCCUGGAGCCCCUGCUCAAAGACCUGUGGGCGAGGUGUAUCCCUGAGGAUCUCUAACGAUAACGCACAGUGUGAGAUGGAGAAAGAAUCCCGACUGUGCAACCUGAGACCCUGUGAGGCGGACAUUGUUAAACAUUUUCGGCCUGGAAAGAAGUGUCUGAACAUCUACCGUGAGCCUGAGUUUCAGAACUUCACCAUCUCCGGCUGCAUCAGCAAGAAGCCCUACUGGCCGAAGUACUGCGGGGUGUGUACUGAUGAGCGCUGCUGCAUCCCCUACAAGUCUAAGACCAUUGAGGUGGAGUUCGAGUGUCCCAACGGGUCCGUCUUCACUUGGAAGUACAUGUGGAUCAAUGCGUGCUUCUGCAACCUCUCCUGCAGGAACCCCAAUGAUAUCUUCUCUGAGCUGCAGCCUUACUAUGAGCACAAUGAGAUUGUGAAUUAAAAAGACUGUUGAGAAAACCGGCAUGCAUUUGCUGACAGUGUGGUGCGCUUCAUAACUGAUGGUCAUAUGAGGAAGUGUCUGAGUUAUGUGGAAACCAACUUCCAUCUUUGGAUUCAGAGUGUUGGAACAGAGCCAGCUGUUAUGUGUGGUGUCUGAUGUUGAUUUUGGAUCAGAUGGACCUUUGGUUUUACGGCACAAGAAGAUCUUCAGAUCUCCAGGAGGUGCGAGGCUUGGAAGGAAUGUGUGGUGUUCAGUCAUUUGGAAUAUAUUUGCUAAGAAGUGUAAAACAUUCCCUUUGACAUUUUUACAGUAUUUUGUUCUUUGGCUGGAAAGUUUUUUAAGUGCAGAUAGUGGAUGAAGGGCUUGUGAAAUAUGGGCUUAAUCAAGAAAUAUGGAAAUGUUUAUUGUAGUGCACAGUAAAAUAUUCAAAUUGUUAGAAAAUGGAAAUAUCUGUGCUGUUUUUCUAUUACUGAGAAUGGAAUAUAUCAUUUUUUGAGACAGUCAGAUAUUAUGAAGCACAAAUCUUUUUUUACACUAGAUGGAUAUAUGUGUAGUUAAUGUAUAUAUAUAGUUAGUUUUCAUGUUUAUUUGUAUUAUUUCUUACACAAUGCAUUUUUAUACUAUAUCGAAGAACAAGCACUUUUUGAAUCCUGAACUCAUAUUACUUUAUUUACAGAUACUGAGUUCAUGGUACAGAAGACAUGACCGGGCAUUCCUAAUGAUAUAUGUGAAAAUAAUCACAUACGUUUUAAUUUUAUAUGAUUUUUUUUUACACAGCAAAUCCACACAGUUGUAAUGUAUAUGUUUGCCUGUGUAUGUCACGGUGCUAAAUAUGCAAUGGGACUUUUAAUUUAUUUACUGCAUUCUGUGAUAAGACUGCAUUGAUGGGAUUUUAAUGUCAGUGCUAAUUAAAGAAGCAGCAUAGCAAAUGCUAA